GCUCAGUGGAAUCACACCAUGAAUCAUUUGAUUAGCUCUCACUAAGUGAGCUAUCAACUGUUGAGCCAACCUUGCAGUGUUUCCACUUAUAAGUUGACGCAACUUCCAGCUUAAAAAACAAGUUUGGGUGCCGAUUAAGAGUAAGAAAAAUGAAGAAUGCAGAGAUAAUAUUUGUUCCUGCCCCGGGAAGAGGACACCUAAUCUACAUGGUUGAGUUAGCUAAGUUAUUCAUCCAGAGAAAUGAAUCUGUUUCUGUUACAAUUUUCAUCAUCAAGUUCCCUUUUGACACAGGCGUUAGUUCAUAUAUGAAAUCGCUUUCAAACCACCCUAUGCCGAGAUUUACCAUUCUAGAAAUUCCGCCAAGCUAUUCAGAGUUAUACAAAUCUCAUAAUUUCCACACAUUGUUCUCAGCUUUUAUUGAAGGCCAUGUGACAAAUGUGAGGGAUCAAGUUAUGGCGAUGAGGCAACCUGAUUACCCUACUCGAGUAGCUGGAUUGGUAGUAGACAUAUUUUGUGUUUCGAUGAUUGAUGUGGCUAAAGAAUUAAGCGUUCCCACGUAUGUUUACUCGGCCUCAGGGGCUGGUUUUCUAAGCAUUGUUUUACAUCUCCAAGCCAUGACGGAUUUUCAAGAGGAAGAUAUUAGUGAGUAUGAGAAUUCGGAUGCUCAAUUAUCAGUUCCUUAUUUCAGAAACCAGGUUCCUGCUAAGGUCUUGCCAGCUAUAUGUCUGGACAAGGCAGGAUCUCAACUGAUGUUACUGUGUGCACGCAAGUUCAGAGAGACUAAAGGGCUAAUUAUUAAUACAUUCGCGGAGCUGGAGACGUAUGCUGUUGAGUCACUGAUGACAGAUAAUAAGAUCCCUCCUGUUUAUGCUGUGGGACCAAACCUAGAUAUCAGUGCUGGAGAUGAAGAUUGCGAUGAAGUUGCAGAUAUUCUGAAAUGGUUGGAUGAAAAGCCUCUCUCAUCAGUUGUGUUCUUGUGCUUUGGGAGCUUUGGAAGUUUUCCUCAAGAUCAGUUGAAGGAGAUUGCACUUGCUCUGGAGCACAGCGGACACCCCUUCUUGUGGUCGCUACGUCCUGUUUCAACAGAAAGCCACCUUAAAAAGUACACAGAUUUGGAUGAAAUUCUCCCUCCUGGAUUCUUGGAAAGAACAUCAGGAACUGGAAAGAUUAUCGGAUGGGCCCCACAAGUUGCUGUGCUGUCACACCCUGCAGUAGGAGGCUUCGUCUCCCACUGCGGUUGGAACUCUAUACUGGAGAGUGUGUGGUUUGGAGUGCCCAUGGCAACGUGGCCAUUGUACGCGGAGCAGCAACUGAAUGCUUUUGAAAUGGUGAAUGAGUUGGGAAUGGCAGUGGAUAUUUGCAUAGACUAUGAACAUCAUGUAUUUUAUAAAGGUGAGGUCAAGAUUAUCGAUUCUAAGAUUGUUGAGUCAAAGAUAAGGGAGGUAAUGGAGGAUGGAAGUGAUAUAAGGAAGAAAGUGACUGAGAUUAAGGGGAAGAGCAGGAAUGCUAUGGCAGAGAAUGGAUCGUCAUGCAUUAAUUUGGGGCGGCUAAUUGAGGACAUCAUAGCAUCAUAAAAUUAGUCGUGUCUAGCUGCCAAAUUUCUUUCUUGCUUAUAAGUGUAUGUUUACCAAGUUUAUAAGUUCAGAAACAGUCCUGUCAAUAACAUAUCAAUACUCUAGAAUCAAA